UCGUGGCCCAAAGUGCGGAGAAGCCAAAAUAAUUUUUAUUUCACUUCUUUUUGGAUGUCUCUAAACACAGCUUAGCUAUUGUUUGCAAAGUCCUGAAUAACCCCCUCGGAUCAAAUCGAAACUCUUGACUCGACCGACGCCGCAGGCUUCAAGGCGCAGUAAGAAAUUCUUUUUCCGGGCUCAGAGCUCGACCUGGCCCUUGCCGUGCAAGUCAAUCGAGAAUUUGUUCCAAAGCUAGCAAACCUCGAAGUCGCACGGUAGCAAGCGAGCAGCAUCUUUGUUAUCUCGGCUAUACUGCUUCUGAGAAAUUUUCGAACCGACGCUGUCCCAUAUCCGAAUCAUCCAAGAAAUACUUUACUGUUUCAAACCCGAAGGUCUCGCAAUAAGUGGCCAUCCACGCGCACCAACUACCUUGAACAUAGUGAGAAAAGAAGGCACGAUGGCGAAAGAUAAAUCGGGCGUCGCCAAAAAGGACGCCAAAGCUGAGCGCAAGGCCGAGCGAAAAGCCGAGAAACAGGCGCGCAAAGCAGAGAAAGUCUCAAAGAAGCAAGCAGCUGCGGCAGCGAAAGCUGGUGGAGCCGGGCCGACCGGAGUAACAAAGACAAAGGGAGAGAACAAGGAGAAAAAGGCGGCGAGGAAGGCGCUGGCAGAGAAGGCCUUGAAUGAACUUCAAGACAAAGGCAACAAGAAGAAGACAGACGUGGAGGAUGAGGACGAGGAAAGCGGUGACGAAGAAGACGACGAGAUGGAGGAGCAGAAUGGUGUGAAGGUCGACGAGGACGAAGGAGAUGAUGAAGACGAGCAACAAGAAGAGGAGUCGAAGAAGGCAACAGACUCCGAAAAGAAGAUCCUCGCUGCACGGCCCGUGGGAGCUUUGGUGCCCUUUGCGAACCCCUUGGCAGACGACAAGGUUGCGAGGAAGGUGUUUAAAUGCGUCAAAAAAGCCGCCUCGCAACGCACUCUGAGACGCGGCGUCAAAGAAGUCGUCAAAGCCCUCCGAAAAUCCCCAACUUCCUCGACCGAGAAACUCCCCCUCGGCGUCGUCGUCCUCGCAGCUGACAUCUCCCCCAUGGACGUCAUCUCUCACAUCCCCGUGCUGGCCGAAGACCACAGCGUCCCCUACAUCUACGUGACCAGUCGCGCGGAGCUGGGCACGGCGGGCCAGACGAAGCGGCCGACCAGCGUCGUGAUGGUCAGCAGGGACGCCGGCAAGAAAGGCGGGAAAGACGGCAAGGAAAAGGAGAAAAAGAUCGACGAGGACGGCGACGACAAGGAGAGCUGGGAAGACACGUAUAAGAGCCUUGUCAAAGCGGUGGAACGAGAGGGGAGGCAUGUCAAGAUCUGAUCUAUUGCGGAGCUCGAUCACUUGCUUUCAACCGAUCGAUCUGUGCAAGCUCAUCCAUCGGCGACAGUGUUUUGAUACGAUCUUGGCCCGCUCACGAGAGGGAAGAACGGGAUGUGCCUUGGUGCGGGACAGAUGUGCAAGUCGUUACUUCGAGCGGAGUCGAUGCUGGAUGAUGUUCUUGACCACACCUCCCACUUAUGACGCGGGGCUCGUUGUCUGACAAUUGACGUCAAUCCCAAAAUCUCCAAAGAUAUGAGGUCUCACAACCAAGCACCCAUCCAAAAGCGGCAGAAAUCCUUUGCACGUUUCGAGUCUUGCGAGACGGCAUAUCGAUUCCACAAGAUAGGGGGAGACAAGCUUUUCCGGGUUGAGCAAUUGUCGUCGGGCUUGCACAGCGAAGGCAGGAUGACAUGCCAAGCCAAUUGCUCUCCUGUUGGUCUUCUCUUUUCUCCUUCAAUUUAGGCCAGAGUUUUCUCUCGGCAUGCGGGCUGGAUCUUGUCCUUGAUAGACGCCUGGUUUCUUGCCUUGACACGUUAUGAUUUGGGCGCAUUGCGGCAUCUGCCAGGAACGGAAGAACGGUCGCUAAUGGGGCGCAAUGAAGGGGGAAAUAUCUACGAACUGGGGCACGCAAGGGAACCGGUACAGGUAAACAGGCAGACAAAAAAUGAGUUGGGAGGCAUCGACUAAGCUGAGAUGUGUAGAGUACAUGGCCUAGCACUUGAUAUCGUCGGGCUGCAUUGGACAGGCAUCCCCUUAUGUACAUACAUGUAUUGGAUCCGACACCCCGUCUCCGCAGUGCAUCUUUUGUUUUCGUCUGUAUAUACUUCAGGCGCCAGUGCUCACAUUCCCC